CACCACACGGCAGAAGCUCCUAGCAACACCUUUUUCAAACGCCCAAUACCUUUCCAGCGCCUUCUAGCUCUCUCUUUGUGCUUAUCUCAUAUCUUAUAUAACAAACACGGAGACUUGGGUCUCCUCCAUUACAAAACGACAAACACUUUGAGUGCAAAAAAGGCAAUGAAGCCCAUCGAAGCCAAGAAAGACACGGUGACGGUCCGAGCGGUGAGCCAGGACGAGGAGGGUCGAAAGAGAGUGGAGAAGACGGAGCUCCACACCCACAACGUCGACACAAUCAAGUACAUCGAGAAGAAGCUCGUCGACAAAGGCGUGCAGCGCCUCGAGCGCCACCCGAGAGACGGGACUGGGAUCGGGCAGCCGCCGCCGAAGUCCGGCCACGGGGGCAAGUACACGUGGGAGGGGCCUGAUGACGUGGCGGAGAAUGAGAUGGACCCGGUCCCACCGGCUAUUGAUGAAGGGGACCCAAACUACGUGGACGAGGUGGCGGAGGAGAGGAUCGUGAAGGGGGAGGAUGCUGACGUGGCGGGGUUGGUGGUGGGGAAGGUUGAGGUGGCUAAGGUUGCUGAGAACAGGGAGGGGGUUGCUAGGGUUGAGGUGGUUCCUCCUCACCUCCACCUCGAAACUUAGUUGAUUUCUAACUCCCACCAGAAGUGAUGUGGUUUUGUUGACCCAAAAAAAUAAAAUAAUAAUAAUCAUGUAUGCUGUGUUUAAAUUUGGUCUUUGGUGAUCUUUUUUGUACCUAUGACAUGUAAUGUUUGGAUAUAAGUUAACCACUUCCU